AUGAAUCACAGCAGAAAGGUGCUGGAGGCGGAGAAAAAGCGCACAGAGAGCACUUCUGAUGGCUACCUAAAGCACAGUCGCGCGUUCCGCUUCACCCGGGCCAUUCACGCGACGCCGCAUCGCGACAACAGCACCAGCCGCAGUGAUACUGACAACGAUGACACAGAUGUGGACUAUAGUGAUGCGAACCAUGACACAAAAGGUGAGUAUAGUGGCUGUGAUGCGACCAAUAUGGGUGCCAUUCACAGCGACCGCGCAUGGCGGCCGAACAUGCAGCAAUCACCCACCGCGAGAAGUUUGCCGGCGUCGCCUGUGCCAAGGAGAGUGCAACACGAGGCGAAGGUGGCGGCAGCGGCCCGUGGUGUAGGCGUCAGCACGAUGCGGGGAACAGCUUCGCUCGGGGUGCGACAGGGCCUUCGCGUUGUGAGUGAAAGGAGCAGCAACACGACGGCCCGCACUGUUGCAGCAGCUGCUCCUAGCGGUGGUGGUGGUGGCAGUUCAUUUACGGCCGCGGCGUCGCGCUAUGCGGCACCAUCGCCCACAAAGCGGUCAGAGGGUUCACAUUCACCGGUGCCGCUCACAGGUAGCCGUUUCGCCGCGCCAACAGUUGCCUCGCGGCUGAAGGAACACUCUCCACAGUCGCUACCGACGUUAAGACUGCAUUCGCCGCAAUUCGGAAAUAUGGAGCGCUGCUCCGUUACCGCCGGCUUGUCCCCAGCAAAAACGACCCGAACCGCGGAAGCGGCAGGUGUGACAGAUAACUGUGGCCACGAUUCGCCGUGGAAGAAGGCGGCUGUGGUGGAGGAGGGGGGGAGGAGGUAUCGGAGGCCGUGUGCCGCCCCUUCUACCGCUAAUGCUGCUGCUACUUCUUUCACCAAUUCAUCUGCUGCCUCGAUGGCGGAGCAACGUGCGCAGCUUCCACCGAGACCCCCACCACCGGCAAGAAAAGCAGCGGCAACCACAACCACACCGCAGCUGCUGCCGAUUUCCCCCCCGCUGCGCGCCGUUGUCUCGCCACGCUCCAGUCUGUACCGGCAGCAUCACCACUCGAACGAUUUUCCACAGAGCGUCACGUGUACACCGCCGAGUUGCGUGGAUGGGGAGACGUGCGCCUCUCCGAACGGGUCGCCACAACGGGCGUCUUCGCUUGUGCUUCCGCCUGUCGUUGAGACUGACGGUCAUCGUUCCCCAAUGGACAGCGCCGAGACGUUGCGCUUGUCCCACCACUCACGUGCAUCUAAUCGGUUAUCGCGACUGCCAUCACACCACGGGGUGUGCGAGCCCAGUGGAUUUAUCAACUCUGGUAAUGACUGCUACGCCUGCAGCGUGUUAACGUUCCUGCUGCGCAGCCCUGCCUUCUGCCGUGCCUUGUUCGCUGCCCCUGUAUUGGAGUACCGGGGGGAAUCCGGUGACGGCAACAACAGCAACAACAACAACAACGACAACAACGACAACAAGAACGAUGUGACCAGGCCCAUGCUGUCCACCUGCCACCCAAGCAGCAGAAAACCGGUGGACUGUCUUCACAANUGCCGUGCCUUGUUCGCUGCCCCUGUAUUGGAGUACCGGGGGGAAUCCGGUGACGGCAACAACAGCAACAACAACAACAACGACAACAAGAACGAUGUGACCAGGCCCAUGCUGUCCACCUGCCACCCAAGCAGCAGAAAACCGGUGGACUGUCUUCACAACGCUCUGCUGAACUAUGCCCGCCUGCUGCGGCGACCGAACACAAUAGUUUGUGGGCUCGAUAUGAGCCCGCUGCAGGGAUUCUUGCGGGGCUUUUUCACAGGGAAUCAGGAGGACGCGCACGAGUUCUUCAUGGCGCUCAUAGACAAACUAGAAGAGGAGUCUAUUGAGGUGCUCAAAUUGAGGGACAAGGCGGAGAACGGGAGCAACCUAUCUGCAGUGACUGAGGCAGAUGCGAAUGAGCUCUUCCGUGAUGACGCCAACGAGGCAAAAACCAGCAAUGCGGAUAACCAUUCCAUCAAUCCAAAAAAAACCUGGGUCAAUGAGCUCUUGCAGGGCACGUUUCUGAACAUCAUUCGCUGUCGCAACGAGGGUUGCGGACACGAAAUAGCAACAGAGGAUCCUUUUGUCAAUCUCACCGUGAACUUGAAGAAGAAAGAGACGAUCGAGGUGCCUGCAGAUUCGCUGCCGCUUCCGCCCACACCACAGAAUGACGCCACGUUUUCUGCUGCUACCGAUGUAAGGCCAUACUUGCCGCCAGAUGAGAGGAACGGGACGGAUGGGUCCCCAAGUGCUGCGGCAGAAAUCACCACAUCCAGUGAUUGCUAUGAUGUUCAAUCGCUGUUGGAGCAGAGCCUCCGCUUUGCUUCACUCGACGCGUAUAUCUGUGACGCCUGCGGCUCGAAAGAGCACCAACACCAAGGCGGUUGUCUUUUGGGGGCAGCACCAUCCCUCCUCGUGUUUCAGUUGAAACGAUUCGCCACGACGUUUGAUAAGACAAUGGGUUUGCGCGUCUCAAAAGACAGAACACCGGUCCGCGUCAAUGAGGAACUGACACUCUACGCAUUGCGGGAGGAAGGACAGUAUGAUCGAGAAAAGAAGCAGCUGGCGCCGUCUGUACGGGAGGCAGAGCGCGCGGCUAUGCAGAAACAUCAGCAACGGCAACAACAAGAGCCAUCUAGGGAAUAUGCCACGGAGGAACGGCUCUCUGUUCAGCCUGACGAAAAGGGUAACAUAAACACCAGCUUGACUGAGAAGUCAAAACACCACCAGAAACUACAAGAGAAACCGGAUGAGAAUGAAAGGGAAGACGAAGGACCAGAUACACGUCUGUCUGCCAUACGCUCUCUGUAUCGCCUGCAGGGUGUAGUGAAGCACAUUGGCCACUCUCCAUCUGCGGGGCAUUACGUGGCAGAGUUCGCUGUCACACCAGAUACGCGCGGGUGCGAGAAUGGAAAUGGAAACAACCCCAACACCCUCUUCAACGAGGACGUGAAGUUGAAUAGUGAAUGGCAACUUGCCAAUGACGAUGGCGUGACUACAAUGAGGGAGGAUGAGGUGGGAAGGCAGCGUCGUAACUCCAGCAACUGCUAUCUGCUUCUGUACGAAAAGGUGGCGGAGGAGGAUGUGCUGUGCCCUGUUUGGCGCGUGUUGCCGCAGUGGGUGGAGUAA